CGUCGACCGUCGCCGUCUUCACCUGCCCGUAGUAGACUGCCUCCUCUACGUCUGGCCGCCGUCGAUCAUGCCAGUUUACAACUGCUGUCGAAGUUUCACAAAAUACAGUUUCGUCAGAUGUAGCAGUAAGCUGUUAGAAUUCAGUUUCGUCAGACAAUACAGUUUUCUUCAGUUUCGUCAGAAAAUACAGUUUUCUUGGAAGAGCAACCAUGGCAGCCGUUUCAGCACAGCACGAACGUAACGCAAGCCACCAUCUGGGAGCAACAAUCGAUCGGUCGUGAUUUUUUGAUCGUGGGAGAAAAGCUCAACCGUGAUUUUCGCAUCCAACUAAUUAGGCAAGUAUUUUUGAAAGGCAAGGAGUAGAUGUAAUAGCGCCCAAUUCCUAUAAUCAUGGGCCAUCACCCCACGUUGCAGUUUCCUUUUUUAUGCAGUCAAGAUGGAAACAAAAAAUAGGACGGAAUCACGAUUUGAUCCGAAACUCAUGGCGCCAUUUGAGGAAGAACUCGACGUCAGGUUCGUGGGUAACAGGCGCGCCGCCCAGCGCACACCUCGCCCACCUUGCCGCCGGCGCUCUCGCAUGAAGCCCACCUUGUCACAGCACCAGCGCACGUCGCACACCUCGCCGCUGCACCCGUGCAAGUCGCCGCCGGUGGUCGUUGGCCGGUCCGCUCGGUCCGGCCCGGGCUUGGCCGCUGCCGGUCCGGUCCCAGAAAUCAGGACCGUCGUGAUGCUCGGUCCGGUCCGGUCCGGACCGCCGGCGGCCGGUCCAAACGACGGCUCGGACCGGGACCGGACCGGCCCGGACCGUGUCCACCCUGAGGUACAAGGCGGUCUGCAAGCAGUGGCUCGGGCUGAUCGAGAGCGAGAGCUUCUUCGAGGCGUACUCUCAAUACAGGAACAUGGGCAGAAGGCCCAAGCUCAUGCUUGUCGGCAAGGGCGCCGGCGGGGAGGCGGCCUUCAGCUUCGCCCCCUUGGAUCCAUGGCUCGGAGCCGAAGAAGCUCCGGCGACUGGCCAUGGCGGCGCGUUGCUUGACGCGAAGGUGGUCUGCUCCAAGCCCUGCCACGGGAUGAACCUGGUGAGCACGGCGACGCGCGACUAUCUUACAACCCGGCCACCGGCUUCCACAGAUCCUACCCCAACACUAGAAUCCCGAGGAUGCACGAAGAAGAAGUCGCCGGCAGGAGCGUCGGCCUGACCUUCGACCCGCUGUCGCGCCAGCACGCGCUGGUGGAGAUCGUGUACCGCAGCAAGGACUUCCACUCCCGGCAUUACUUCGCGGUGAGCGCGAUGCUGCAGUGCGGCAACUACGGGCACCACUGCCGUGACUACGUGCUGGCGCCGCCGCCCCUGCCCGUGGCAGACGACGCGCCGCCGGUCCACGUCGGCGGGGCGCUGUACUGGAUGAGCGACCCGCGGCUGGGUCGGAGCCGCGAGCGGGCCGUCGUCUCGUUCGACGUGGCCACAAGGACGUUCGACGUCGUGCCCUGCCCUGCGUGCAUCGCGGCGUGGAGCGGCACCAGCCCUUGCCGCGCGUCAGUGGCGGAGCUCGGGGGAGCGCUGCACGCCGUCCUCGCGGACCCGGCGGCGAACAGCUUGGACGUGUGGAGGCUGGAGCGCGGCGGCAGCGGGUGGGGCAGGGCGUGCGUGAUACGGCUGGAUGGAGCGCCGCCGGGGUACGACCUCGGGACGAACGACGUGGUGCCGCUGGCCGUGCACCCGGACGACGGGAGGGUCCUGCUGAGCGCCGGGAGGAGGAUCGGGCUGUAUGAUCCGGCCGAGCAGACGGUUCAGGACCUGCGCUCGCUGGAGGGGAUGGAGGAUGGAGCUGCGGCGCUGGCUCCGAUGGUGUACGAGGAGAGCUUGGCCUGCUAUCCUUGCCGCCUGGCCAGAGCAAGACGGCUGUCGCAGAGCUGAUACACACGUCGUCAAAGUUGUAGCAAUUCCAGCAUCAUCAUUUACCUCGGUUAUCUCUGUUAAUCAUUUUUUAUAUCAGUUUAACUAAAACACAUCUAGAUGUUUUUUAGUUAUGUCACAUCUAAGUUAUCCAUCACACACUAAAGCUCCAAGA